AUGAGCCUUUUAUUGGAAACUAAGUCAAAUUAUCUAUUGAUCAAAAAUAAAUCAGCAUUAUAUUUUCCUAUUUUGUAUUUAGAUCCCAUGUAUCAACUCAUGAAAUAUUGGUUACAAAGCCCAGACGAAAUCCCUGAACGUUAUCAACUUAAAUAUUUUCUUAACAUGACACCAAAUAUGAAACUUCCUCUUUCUAAGGAAAUGUUCUCUGCAAUUCCAAUCGUUGGACUAUUUAAUAUAGACCCAACAGAACGUGAUAAGUAUUUUGAAGAACAAAAGAUUCAUUUCACAGCUUUUGGGACACUAUUAUCAGCAAGUCACUAUAAAUAUUUAGAAGUGGAAUUAUAUCAUAUACCAACGAAAAGUUUUAUAGGUCAAAAUAGAUCAGAUUUUGUCUUAUUAAUGAGAAACAUUUGUGUUGUUCAUAGAGAAGAGAAAGGAGAAAAUGGAAAAGGAGAAUCUGCUAAGGAAUUAAUUGAUAAAUUCAAUACUUGGAAUUAUGGAGACAUUCCAUAUCUUUUUGGAUACUAUGCAAAUACUGCUGCUGUUACCUUUUGUGUUCUUUAUAAUAAUGAAUAA